ACAGGUCCGUCUCGAUGUAUUUCCCGAUAGAGGCGCUGACCAAACUCCGAAAAUUAGUUCAGUCUCUGAACACUAGAUGGCGACGACAAUGAUGGCGUAUAGCGUUAUCUAAUAGUAACAGUGGGAACUAUUUUUACUACAAACUUAGACGUUUCCUCACCGAUGGCGAUACUUUACUUGUCAAUGAAAUGAAACACAACCUCAAAAAAUACAGCACUGAUAUAUACCAAAUUAUGUAUAUAUACUAAUACACGUAAACAUUAUACAUUUUCGUUUUGUUAAACAACAAGAUUGUUAGAGGAGGUGCCACAAAUCUCUUUACAUAAACAACGUGAAGUUGCCGUGAUUGAUCAUCCAAUCAUAAACGAAACCGAAUAUUUGUUAUUGUGUCAACUUCAACCUGUCGUCUGCUUCUUCGGUCCUUUUAACUUGACCUGUGUUUGUUUUCGUGACCUUCACAGUUUGUCGUAGUUGAAAUAGAGGUCAAUUCGAACGAAACGCGUUACUCGUAAUUUGUCACGAAAUAAUAAAUUAAACAGUGAAUUAUAUUUAAUUUUUGUCUAUAAAGGAAACGUUAGAUUCUGAACUUGAGCCAAUGUUAUUUCGUUUACAUAUUUCUCCUGUUAUUUUUGAAUGGGAGUAUAAAACUUUUGUUUCGAAAAGUUUAUGUUAGCAGUGUAGUCAGAUAACAGACAAAAUGGACUUUGCUUAAGUAACAAGAUACUGUGAUAAGAGCUGUAAUAAUAUAAGACUAAUUUAAAACUAUUCAUUACUCUUAGUAACAAGCAAUUUCAUCUGUAUGAUUUAUUUGUCUUGAGAAUGGGUUCAGUACUUGCGAUAAGUAAUUUUUUUCGGAUUGCAACAAAGGCAUUAAUAAAGAAGUUUAGGAGCAUUCUUCGAAGUCUUUACAAUUGCCACUACUUAAAAUGUUUUUGCUAUUAUGCACUAGUCGAGAAUAUGACAGAACAGGUGUCUUUGACUCAAAGUCACGACUCUGAACAAAUAAGAGUCUUAACUUUAAAUAAUGGAGAACAUCUUGAUGGUGUAUUGUACAGAUUAAAGAAAGGAUGGAGAGUGGAAUUUCGAUUAGGUGCUUCUCUUCUUGGAAAGCGCCUCGAUCUUUUCAUAAAUCAUCCUUUAAGUGAAACUCAGAAAUUUGAGAGACACACAUAUUAUCCAUUAGAAUGGUUAAACGAAACGGCCAGUAUAUGUUUAUCUCUGGCUGGUUCGUUCCAUUAUUAUCUCACGGAUCCUAACGCCGAAAGUGUAAAACCUAUUGCUUCUGGAUACCUAUUAGUGGACCCAGAACUUAAAGUUGGAGAACAAGGAGAAAAUCUACCAUUAGAUUGUAUUCAAUGUCAAACUGUUUUAUCAAAAUAUUUAGGACCUUUUCCCACUUGGGAAGAUAAGCUGUUAGUUGGUCGGAAUUCUGGUUACAAUGUAAUUCAUUUUACGCCGAUUCAGGAAUUAGGAUCUUCUAGAUCAGCUUACAGUCUAAGCAAUCAAUUGAAAUUAAAUCCAUCUUUUAACGAUGAUGAUAAACCAGUUACGUACGAUGAUAUUGAAGGACUCAUUAGUAAAAUGCGUAACGAGUGGAAUAUGUUAAGCAUAUGUGAUAUCGUUCUAAAUCACACGGCUAACGAAAGUCCUUUCUUGGUAUCUCAUCCAGAAUGUACAUAUAACUGCUCAAACAGUCCUCAUUUGCGUCCCGCGUACAUUUUGGAUGCUGCAUUAUUUGAAUUGACGGUACAAGUAGCAGCUGGAGAAUGGGAAUUUAAGGGAAUCCCUUCGGUCGUUGAAACCGAAGAACAUUUAAAUUCAAUUCGUCACGCGCUUCAUACAUAUUUUCUACCGCUCGUAAAAAUACACGAAUUAUAUAUAUUAGAUAUUAACGAAGCUAUCGCUGAAUUUUUGAGUUUAGCACGCAAUCAAAUGCCUCAGGAUAUCGUUGAGCCAUUGGAAGAUAUUAAAGUGAUACAAGAUCCUAAAUUCCGAAGAUUAAAAGCGACUAUAGACAAACAACUUUCGCUACAAAAAUACAACAUAUAUAGAGCCGAUUGUUUCGACGAGGAAACUCGUUUGAAACGGUGUGCAGAAGAUUUAAGAAAGAAGUUACAAGAACUUAACGACGUAAUCAUUAACGAGGUACAAAAUAAUCUGAAUGCUGCAAUUGAAAAUUCAAUUGCUGGUAUAAGAUAUUAUAGAGUACAACCCGAUGGACCAAGACUUAAAGAAAUAAGCGAAAGAAAUCCACUCGUUCCUAGAUAUUUUACCGACUAUGGAGCACCUCAAACAUUAACCGAACGCGAAGCAACAAUGUACUCGGAUGCGGGAUGCUAUCUAAUGGUUCAUAACGGAUGGGUGAUGAACGGGGAUCCUUUCAAAAAUUUCGCAGAUCCUGAUUCCAAUGUCUACAUAAGAAGAGAACUUAUCGCGUGGGGUGACAGCGUCAAGUUAAGAUACGGAGAUAAACCAGAAGAUUGUCCUUUCUUAUGGCAACACAUGACUACUUACGUCGAACAAACGGCUAAAAUAUUCGACGGAAUUCGUCUAGACAAUUGCCAUUCAACGCCCAUUCCAGUUGCUGAGUACAUGCUCGACAUGGCUCGUCGAGUCCGUCCAGAUUUAUACGUUGUUGCAGAAUUAUUUACUAACUCCGAUCAAAAAGACAAUAUAUUCGUUAAUCGACUCGGUAUCACUUCUUUAAUCCGAGAAGCUAUGUCUGCUUGGGACAGCCACGAAGAAGGUCGACUAGUAUAUAGAUACGGAGGUGAACCGGUGGGAGCAUUUUUGCAACCGCGUAAACGACCUUUGGUACCAAGUAUAGCGCAUGCCCUCUUCUUAGAUUUAAGUCACGAUAAUCCAAGUCCAGUGGAAAAACGUAGUACGUUUGAUUUACUGCCAAGUACUGCACUUGUAUCAAUGGCAGCAUGCGCUAGUGGCAGCAACCGCGGAUACGAUGAACUAGUUCCUCAUCAUAUACAUGUUGUCGACGAAACAAGACAAUAUACCGCUUGGACAGAUGAUGAAAAUUUAGCGGAUAGUAUCGGACUCGUAAGUUCGAAGAGUGGUAUAAUCGCAGCGAAAAAAGCGUUAAAUAACUUGCAUUAUUCUCUCGGACAACAGAACUUUUCCCAGGUUUUUGUCGACCAAAUGGACAGCGAUAUAGUAGCUGUAACAAGACAUUCACCAACGAGUCACGACAGCGUAGUUUUAGUUGCUUUUACAGCUUUCAAACAUCCGGAUCCUAACGCCAAUGAUUUGAGGAGGCAUGUGAAGCCAUUGCGGGUGGAAGGCGUGGUGGAAGAAAUUAUAUUAGAAGCUUCAUUGUCUCACGCGGGAGCAAAGAAUGGCACUUCACCGUUCCACUACCCUGAAAAAUAUGUGAGAGAUGAAAAUUAUAUAAAUGGGUACACUGAAUAUGUUUUGCAACUCAAGGAACAUAUACAGAUUUGCGAUUCGGAAAUUGUCGAGAAAGUUGAUUCAGGAGAUCCUAAGAUAACUCAGUUGAAUUUUGUAAACUUUCAACCUGGCUCCAUUAUUGCUAUUCGGGUAUCGCUUCACGUUAAUAUAAAGCCUGCUCUUGCAAAACUUCACAAUACUAUCUCGCUGAUAACAUCAUCGAAAAGUUCAGAUUUACGUGUUAUUGCUUCUCGCAUGGAUUUGGUAGAUUUGAAUAAGGCCUUGUACAGAUGCGAUCAGGAAGAACGUGAUGAAACAUCGAACAAGUUUGGCGUGUAUGAUAUUCCUGGGUACGGCCCUCUCGUCUACGCUGGAUUACAAGGCAUUGUUUCUCUAUUAGCAGAUAUUUGUUCAAGUAAUGAUCUAGGUCACCCGGUGUGUAUUAAUCUUAGACAGGGUAAUUGGUUGAUCGAUUACACGUGGCAACGAUUAAAAGAAGACGACGGAACCAAAGACCUGGGGAUGUGGCUCGAAGAAGCUACAGAGCCUUUUAAACUGAUACCUCGUUACUUGGUACCCAGUUAUUUUGACGUUAUAAUCGUAAAUGUUUACAUGACUCUUCUCGAGCAAUGCUAUAGUCUAAUGUCAAGCUUCGUGAAAGAUGGCUCCACGUUUGUCAAGAUUUUGUCUUUGACUUCGAUACAAGUAGGAGGCGUAGUAAGAUCGUCUCCAUUACCCGAUUUGUCUCCGAAUUUAGAUCCUCCUAAACCAACAGUUAAACAAUAUAAUGGCGAAAGCGAACAAAUGUGUAUGACAUUGUCUGCUGGGUUACCACACUUUACAACAGGUUACAUGAGAAAUUGGGGCAGAGACACUUUCAUUUCUUUAAGAGGAUUACUCAUAUUAACGGGCAGAUACAGCGAAGCGCGAUUCAUUAUUCUCGGUUACGGAGGAACUUUACGACAUGGUCUUAUUCCUAAUUUACUUGACAAGGGGAAAAACGCUAGGUAUAACUGUCGAGAUGCGCUGUGGUGGUGGCUGUACACAAUUCAAUGUUACAUACAGGAAGUACCAAACGGUUUAAAAAUUCUAACGGAUAAAGUUUCCAGACUGUUCCCCACUGAUGAUUCUCCAGCGCUACCUGCAGGCCAAGCAGAUCAAUCGCUACACGAUGUUAUUCAAGAAGCUCUGUUGGUACAUUUCCAAGGGCUUUGCUUCCGAGAAAGAAACGCUGGGAAGCAAAUUGACGAGCACAUGACAGAUCGUGGCUUUAAUAAUCAAAUUGGAGUACACCCAGAGACUGGAUUUAUAUUUGGAGGAAAUGAUGCGAAUUGCGGUACUUGGAUGGAUAAAAUGGGAUCUUCCGAAAAGGCUGGUAAUAAAGGGAAACCUGCCACACCAAGGGAUGGUUCAGCUGUAGAAAUAGUAGGGCUCAGUAAGAGCAUUCUAAGUUUCUUGGCUGAAUUAUAUAAGCAAAACCUUUUCCCCUAUGGCAGCGUGCAAAGAAAGAACCGCGACGGAUCCGUGAUAACAUGGAGUUAUAAACAAUGGGCAGAUAAGAUAUCACUAAACUUUGAAAAAUACUUCUAUAUUAACGAAACGCCAACAGAGGGAGAACUGAAACCAGAACUUAUUCAUCGUCGUGGAAUUUUCAAAGAUAGCCAUGGAGCAACACAAGCAUGGGCUGAUUAUCAACUACGACCUAAUUUCCCUAUUGCAAUGGUGGCUGCACCAGAAUUAUUUAAUCCACAACACGCAUGGACAGCAUUGAAAAAAGCAGAAGAAAUUUUAUUAGGCCCACUUGGAAUGAAGACAUUAGAUCCUGCCGAUUGGGCGUAUAACGGAUAUUACGAUAAUUCUAAUGACAGUGGAGACACUAAAUUGGCUCAUGGUUGGAAUUAUCAUCAAGGCCCUGAAUGGGUUUGGCCUAUAGGAUAUUUCCUUCGAGCUCGUUUAUACUUUGCUCCGUUAGUUGGAGGAAAGGAAGAAUUACAUCGUACGAUUGAUUCAACCGAAACUAUCAUAUCUCGCCAUUUAAUAGAGGCAUCGACAAAUCAUUGGAGAGGUCUUCCCGAGCUUACUAAUAAAGAUGGAGAUUAUUGCAAGGACAGUUGCAGAACUCAAGCUUGGAGCGCCUCUGCUAUAUUAGAAGUUCUUUAUGAUUUAGACAAAAUUAAACGGGAGUUACGAUCGGAAGAAGCUGAACGAAUGAAUUGAUACAAUUUUGCGUGUGUUCACCACCGCCAAUUACACUUAGAACAUUUACGAUUAGAGAAAGAACAUAGAAUUAGAUAUAAAGAACACGAGGACAAGUUGCACCUCCUUAACAUGAUUAUAGAAACACAACGCACGGAGACACACGCAUAUGGUAUUUCGCACAUAGACAAGACAAAUAUGCCACCGUGCAAGUUUGUAGCUGUUGAUGUGAGUCCUACAAACGACGACUUCUUUUCAAGUCGAGAACUAGAAGAAACUGGAAGUGAAUCAAGCGUCAAGCAUGAAUACGUAUCUCCUAAUUUCGUUAUUGGCCUACAAGGAACCGAAACUUUGUCAAAUUCUACAGAAUGUUCGACAAUAUCAGGAAACGAACCUCAAAAACCAACACUUCCUUUGAAAUAUUUAAGUAAACCUUCGGAUAAGUGCAAAAACGAACCGAUCGACCAGAACAAUAUACUCGUAAAGGAAAGCGUAGAAGACAAUGACUCGAAUAUAAAAUACUCGUCGUCAAAACUGGAUCACGUUUACGAAGAAGUCAAUACACUCGAAUGCGAUAUUAUGGAUUAUUAUGAAAAAUAUAGUCCAACGACCGCAAAGACUUUGAUAAAUACACUUUUUCUUCCUCGACAAAAGAUAUGUAAACAGUGUGCCAGUUCGCAGGACAGUCCAGUAUACUCAGACCGUUUGAUAUAUGGAAAGAAACCUUUAUAUGCCAGGGAAGUACGUCAAUUUCAACAAAACGACGCUUUAUGUUUUAAAUAUUAUCCAGAGAAUGGUAAACAAGACACUAUAUUUUCGCAGUACGAUAAUAAUCAGCAUUGCUUGAUAGUUUGUAAUUACUUGAAAACUAAUGCCUCUAGCAUACUUUAUUUUUACGGCCAACCGCGAGACAUUUUCAAUAUGAAAACAGCACUGAAACCAAAUAUUCUUCUCAUAAGUUGCAAUACAAAUGGCGUAGUAAACACAGAAUUGUAUCACCGCUGCGCGAAUAAUUUUUAUACGCGAAUAUCGAAUAACGGCAUUGCACCCAUGACAUUUCGUAUGAAUCACAAUAACAUUCUAAGCACCAUAAAACACAUUGGAUACGAUACCGAUUUGCAGAACUGGAUGAAUUAUCGUAACGAUGUAUUUCGAUCGCAAGGUUUUAAGCAAGACGAUGUGCUCGAUCACCGUCCAAAUCGGUCCAGUUUAUUAUUGUUGGAACCGUUAUUAUUAAUGCCAGAAUUAACGAGUCCUAGAUAUAGGCACGGAAAAAAUCGCAUCUCGCAAUCAGAGCAUGUGAAAAUAGUAAAAAUAGUGCUCGCCUAUACUCUUUCCUUCUUCAUUUUAGCAACAAUUACACUUUAUAUUGUUUAUUUUACUUAAUAAUUACAAUAAUCGAAAUUAGAAGAAAAAUCUGUUACUCAAUUCGUAAAGUUUGAAAAAUUAUUGGAUUAAAGUUUGCUUAAAAUUUAUACAUCUUUAUAAAUUAUUGAGUGUAUACUCUUGGCCUAGUAUUAUAUAUUUCAUAUUAUAAUUUUAAUAACUAAUCACAAUUUAUUAUUGUUAUUUAAGAUUUAUUGAUUUGCUAUUGCUUCAGCAUAAUCAAGUAGGAUAUCAUUUUAGAAAAUUGUAUCCCCGCGAAUUUACUAACAGUACAAAAAAAAAAAAAAAAAAAAAAAAUAAAGACGAAAGAUGAUAUGUUUCAGAUGAAGUGAAAAUUUCGUGCUUUAUUAACAUAUAUCUGAUAUCUAUUCUUUAUACACUUUUCAAAUUGUAAAAAAAUCUUAUUAAACGAAUACAAACUUGAAACUUGAGAAGGUUGUCGAGAUUUAUUACUUUCAAUUUGUUAAUACAUUAAAUAUUAAUUAGCAGAUAUAGUUAAUGUUGCAGGUAUAUUUUAAAUACAUAUUUUCAUAACUGUUUCCAUAUCUGUACGAAAUAUUUGCAAUAAAGUUGAUAUAUAUAUAUUUUCA